CCGUCGUCAAGGUAACGACACGUCAACAUGUCCGCAGAGGUCGAAAACGGGGAGAAGGAAGAACCAAAAGUAGACUUUAGGAGGAAGGAACUCGUUUCCUCCAAUGGGAAGCGAUGAGCCAGGAACGAAUCAGCUCUCUGCUGCAGAUGACUCUGGAUGAAGUUCUGGGAGAGUUGGAAGUGGCCGUUGGCCUGGGCCAGAGACAGAGCUGCAUGAGAGAGGUGGCCCUGCUCGACUACUACAGCUCUGGGUUCUGGUGGGCCAAGGAGUCGGGCUUCAGCCCCGCCCAGAUCUCCUUCAGCAUGGCCGUUUUCCAAAGGCUGCUGGACAACAUCAAAGGAGAUAAGGGAGUUGGAUUUGUGGAGAACUGGAUGGAUUUAGCCAACGCACUGAACGGUGCCCUCCAGCAGGGGGCGGGCGUUCCUCUUCUCAGUGCAGAGCAAGCCACUGCCCUGGUAGAGCACGUCACAAACAGCCUCUUCCAGCAUUACAGACUGUAUGAACUCCUCUUCACCAUCCCAAGAGAACAGGCUCUUAUAGGAAUAGAGAGAACCAUUGAAGUGAUUUGUCAAGAUGCAAUCGCUCCAUUGGAAGAGGGGAUGUCAGCUGACCAGGACCUAGACCUGCCACUCAGCCAGGAGCAAGAAGAGGCCAAUCAGGAGGAGUCAGGGGGUGAACAGCAGGCAGACAACAGUGAAGGGCGGCCGAGAGAGUUGGUGGUGGAGGAGGAGGAGGACGUUGGGCAGUGGUCUAUCCAGGAGGUGGAGGAGGUGAUGUCGGAGCUGGCCAAGGAGAUGAUGGGGAGCCUCCAGGCGGACUUCAGCGAGAAACUAAGGAUACAUGAGAGGUCUUUCUCAGCAAAGAUAGGACAUCUGAAAGACAGCGCUUCCAAAUAAGUGCAUUUAUCACUGGUAAUUUGCUUCGUAAUAAAACAUUUACAAUUCAGUUUCAUAAAA